GGCCGCGUGGCGUCAGCGCAAGAUGGCGGCCUCGGCGGCGCUGCUCCUGCGCUUGCGAAGCGGGCUCCGGCUCGGCGCGCGGGGACUGUGCGCGAGGCUGGCGACGCCGCCUCCCCGGGCCUCGGACCAGCCUACCCUCUCUCGAUUGCAGGCAGCAGAAAUCGGGAGCCGAGCUGGCACAAAGGCCCAGGCCCAGGGGCCACAGCAGCAGCGGGGCACGGAGGGUCCCAGCUACGCCAAGAAAGUUGCCCUCUGGCUUGCUGGGCUGCUCGGUGCCGGUGGAACCGUGAGCGUCGUCUAUAUCUUUGGAAACAACUCUGUGGAUGAAACUGGUGCCAAGAUUCCCGAUGAAUUCGACAAUGAUCCAAUCCUGGUACAGCAGUUGCGCCGGACAUACAAAUAUUUCAAAGAUUAUAGACAGAUGAUCAUCGAGCCCACCAGCCCCUGCCUUCUCCCAGACCCGCUGCGGGAGCCCUACUACCAGCCGCCCUACACCCUGGUCUUGGAGCUCACUGGCGUCCUCCUGCACCCUGAGUGGUCGCUGGCCACGGGCUGGAGGUUUAAGAAGCGUCCGGGCAUUGAGACCUUAUUCCAGCAGCUGGCCCCUUUGUAUGAAAUCGUCAUCUUCACGUCGGAGACUGGCAUGACUGCGUUUCCACUCAUCGACAGCGUGGACCCCCACGGCUUCAUCUCCUACCGCCUGUUCCGGGACGCCACAAGAUACAUGGAUGGGCACCAUGUUAAGGACAUUUCCUGUCUGAAUCGGGACCCGGCCCGUGUGGUAGUCGUGGACUGCAAGAAGGAAGCCUUCCGCCUGCAGCCCUACAAUGGUGUCGCCCUGCGGCCCUGGGACGGGAACUCCGAUGACCGUGUCUUGUUGGACCUGUCUGCCUUCCUCAAGACCAUUGCCCUGAACAGCGUGGAGGAUGUGCGGACGGUGCUGGAGCACUACGCGCUGGAGGACGACCCGCUGGAGGCUUUCAAACAGCGGCAAAGCCGGCUGGAACAGGAGGAGCAGCAGCGCCUGGCUGAGCUCUCCAAAUCCAGCAAGCAGAACCUCUUCUUCGGCUCUCUCACCAGCCGCCUGUGGCCUCGAUCCAAACAGCCCUGAGCUCUGGGCCUCCUCAAACUCAAUACUGGGGCCCAGGCCCCAGUGCUCCCAGACCACGGCUUGGGCGGCCACGUGUCCAAUAAAGUCCAUCCCCGACGCCACA